AUAGAAGUAUAUACUUGGAAUGUUCCUAAACGGUCUGGCCCUAACAUCGAUGAAACGGAUUGUUUGACAUGGGCUUACUAUUCUGAUGUUGACCAAGUAAAGGAUACGUACAGUGGAUUGAUUGGAACUAUUGUGGUUUGUAAAAGAUCAUAUAAUCAAUUGGAGGCACCAGAUUUAAGAUUAGUUCUACUUUUUAUGGUGUUUGAUGAAAAUAAGUCCUGGUAUCUGGAUGAAAAUAUCCAAAAAUAUUGCUUGAAUCCCAGUGAAGUGGACAAAAAUAGUGAUUAAUUUAUUGAAAGCAAUAUGAUGCACAGUAUCAAUGGAAAAAUGUAUGCCAACACAAAACUGAUUAUGAAUGUUAGGGAUCAUGUGGUCUGGCACAUCAUGGGUAUGGGGAAUGAAGUGGAUAUACACACAGCACAUUGGCAUGGCCACAGCAUGAAAUUUACGAGGGGCCGCGAACUCCAGGCAGAUGUAAUUGAAUUUCUUCCUGGCACUUUCCAAACUGCUUCAAUGAUAGCCAGGAGCCCAGGAACAUGGCUUUUGCACUGCCAUGUGGAUGACCAUCUGUAUGCUGGAAUGGUGACAGUGUACACUGUGAAAGAGAGUUAAUACUGGAUAAAAUAUGAAGCUCAACAUCACAAUGGAACAGAGGGACCCAUUGCCGGUUUUUAU